CUUCUAGAGGCUGAGUGUAUUCAAAUGAACUAGCACCGACAGUCUCGAGAGUGGGAAAUCAUAUGAAUACAUUCUGCGGUUCAUGAAAAAGACGGUGACACCGGACUGGAACAUAUCUAUCUACUCGUUUUGGAUAUGCGUCAUACUAAAAUACCAGUUAAUACAAGUGGCUCUGAGCACAUGCAUGAGGAUGCCAUAUUAUCCCAACCAGCAUUUGUAUUCCGAUGAUCUAGCUUACCUGGCAAAGGAUUAUCUUUCAAUGGACUUUAGGUAUCCUAAGGAUUCAGCUCUUUACAGAAUGUACUUGUCAGUCCGAUUGUGGUACCCCGCCUUCAUUGUGAGUUUCAAUGCGACCCGCAUGACGACUGGAGAGGUCCUCUUACAUUGCACUUUUUACGAUGGGCCUAACUCACAUUGUUGUCACUUUGACCGAAGCACGCGUUACUCAACCUAUUUAUACUGCCAUUACGUACUGUACUCCUACAAUCAUGGGUAUGGUCGAGGUGGAAUCCACUACACGGAUGUUGCCUAUCAAGUCAAUUUUGUAAGUUCGUACGCGGAAGACACUGUGCUCUUUUAUGAGUUAGACACACCCGAUGGUGUGAAACGAUACGUAGCUGCUUUCACGGAGGAGGUAUUCGGAUUACCCUGUGGGGAAAUUGCCAAAAACGGUAGCUUCGGCUCGAACGGCGCUUUGGUUAAACAAAUCAACGUUCCCGAGACCCGUUCGGUUGAACUAGAAGGAUUUCUAAACUCAGCGGUGAAAGUAAAAGAAUUCAGUCUCGAAAGGAUGGUGAUUCGAAAUUGGCGGAACUAUAAUUGGGAUAUCCGGAUCUUCCUAUAUUUCCUAGAUAACACGUACAGUCUCGCGCAUCACAUGAUAAUAGCCAGCUCGGAGUAUGAAGCAUCAGAACCGGCCGCGUGGAGGUAUACCGAACAAAUUCAAGUACGUGCUAGCUGGCAAUCGGCAGAUCGCUUAUCGGAAUUCUGGCUAAAAAUCCCCAUGCGCGCUGUGGCUCUCUUGGUUUUGGUAGGAUUCAAGCCAGAUACUGAAGGUGGUAUGGACCAGUCAUACAAGUACAUUCAGCCAUAUCUAGAGUCUUUUCUAAGGAACGAGCCAAUGCGGUUUGAAUACAUGAGUGGCGGUAAUCCUGCACUACGUUUAAUUAAAUUAUCCCCCGUACGCAACACUAUAUUUAUGGAGGGAGAAAAAUUUGUCCUGUAUUUGUGGAAAGGCAGUAACGAAACAACGGGCGGAUGUGAAGCGCAAACUAAAUGCUACAAAAAGAACAGUAUAGAGGAUGAAUACGAAUUAACCGAUCAGCUGUACUGUGCCGAAAAAGAGAAUACCUUCGUAAUCAAGUCCCUUGCGCGGCAACACACUGGUAUUUACAAAUGCGAUUACAAGAGACCGGAGUAUGGAAAUGUCAUCAUCGACUACCCUAUCUUCGUACUGUCUGGAGAGAAGGCUAUUACAUUAGUGGCAUCCGCAUAUGCAUACGAACGAGGCAACAUAACUGCCCCAGUUUGGCGGCAAGUAGACUACAGAGGUAGAAUGUACCUAACGGAUAAACAAACUAUGUUUAUCAACUGCGUUUUUGACUUGAUGACACUAUUUGGUAACAUGAGUGAUUUAAACCUCGUACACCUACUUUAUGGCACUAGAAUUAGGUUGCCAUUUGCGCACCUCCGAACAUGGAGCGAAUAUGAAGGUAUAUACAGGAAGACGUACAGGGUUUACCGAAUAACCCCACACAUCCGAACUAAUAAGAUUACAUCCCAAUCGAUUAACUGCGUACACCACUUCAAACCAGAUCCCAAGGUCACAGGUCAGGAUCCAGACACAAUUCCUAGACGUGCCUUAGCUUAUAAACGACGGGUGGUAUUUCAUAGCAACGGAAAGGAGCCAAAAAUAGUCACAUUGACCAUCAGAACCUCAUUGAAAACAGUCACGGAAACGCUUACACAACCGAAAUCACGCUAUGAUAGACAUUUCAAUUUUCGUUCAAUGGUGCCGCAAACUGUGUCUAGUGUGAUGUUUCUGACAGGAAGUUUUGUCACGCUCCGCUACAGACAGUUCGGUUGGGAUUCCGUGUGGACUAUAAGAGUCGAUGAUGAUGGCGAGUGGGUAAGGCACAACUGCUCAGUCACCUCACAACUGAAAGCCGGUAGGGAUGUUACCAACAUCCUGAACUCACCAGAGGCAGAUGACGAAACGGUGACUUUUGUCGCUAGCCUCGUCACCUUCUCGUGCGCCAUGCCCCCCGAAACUGUUGGUCUAGUUUUAAGUGUGUAUAAUGUGGAUGAAAAAAUGAGCCAUCAGAGAAAUACACUUGAGGGUAGUUGCAUAAAACGGCUGUUAACGGUCUUAACACAAUAUAACCGAAGCAACAGUGCUACGUGGGAAGCCAUCGAUACAGCUGGGCUGGUGAGUCAUCAUCGUUUGGUGAGAUUAUACAGCCGCUGGAAUGCGACAUUAUCCGCUGGUUCACCAGCCAUGAUACACUGGAUAGCGGAUGGCGCUCUGACCGGAAUCGUCAUGUGCUAUUUCGACCAGAGUAAAAUACCGACUAAAGGAGCACUGCCCACGGGGUUCCUUGUGAAUGAAACAAGAGAUAACGGCGUGGUCAUGCUUGUGAAGGAGAACAGCGUUGCCGAAGACUCCGGAUUGUACGCUUGUUACCAGCAACUAUGUGACAGUUGCGAGUUGAAUUCACUCGGUCCAGCGCGACGGUUGGUGGUUUUGCCGUCCUCCGCUGACGUUCAGAUAGCUAUGGAUUACAAACGCAUGGCUCAUAAACCAGAGCGCGAGCCAACUAUAAUCACAAAUCAAGCGGUGAACAUUAGUUGUUCCAUCACUCUACCACUUGGCAUCAUUCCACAACUCCAAUGGCAAUUCACACACGAUACACUCGUCGAGCCUAACGGAACCUACUUGAGCCUACCGUACACCCCCGCCGCACAAGAAGUGGGAGCUGAAACUGUAGGCCGGUUCCACAUCACUGGAGUAGAACCCAGGUUAAAUUGGGGCACAACUCGUGUGACUUGUUAUCUGGACACCAGUGUGGUGACACGCGACGAGUUCGACAUCACAUCGGUGCAUGAAAUCCCAAAAGUUGGUCAGGAGCGAAACAUUACAGUGGAAGACCGUUUGGCACCAUUGUUUCUUCACAACUUGACUACGGGUGACUCCAAUUUGUCCAAACACAUUCGACUCACCGAGUCAGGGUAUGUAAAUCAGGCGCUGUGGAACCAAAGCGUGCAAGCGGUCGUGCUGACUGAGGGGCCGGUUGAACUGAGCACUGUUGUUUUCACCGGCUUUCCUCCUGGUGAGCUGAAGUCAUGGUUGGUGUAUAGGGAAAGAUCGGAUGUAGAAUUAGAGCCCUGUGAAGAUGUCAACAACACUAGCAUAAACGGUUCCGAUCCCCUGAUCGCUGGUCUAGAUAUCACUGUGCAAACUCGUGGGCGCAAUAUGAGAUGGUUGCACUUGAAGUGCUGGCUUGUCAUCGAACACUUAGGACUGGUCACAACGGCACUGAACUCGUUCGAUAAAGGAUCGGAGGAGAAGGAGUUUAAAUCACAUAUAAUCGACUGGUUCACGAAACUACCAGUCUCUGGAAAAUCAACGGAAACUAAAAGAAGACCUUUCACAGCAAUCGCAAGAGACAGAUACCAAGUGGUCAAAGUGGACGUGCGAUGGAAGGCGAUUGCCAACAUAAAUGAUUCUUUGGAAAUGAAAGGUCGUUUAUGGCAGAGCAUACGUGUAGGUCUGAACUGUACGAAGAUAUUGGAACAGAGCGGACCAGAUCCGGUGUUUGGCCAAGUCGAUUUAUCCAUGAACUUUACCGAUGAUGCAUCAGGCUUUGUGCUCAGUAAGGAGGGGGCUGCAUACCAUGACUCGGGUUUGUAUGAAUGCUUUGACCCGAAAUGUGCCAACGGUUGCCCCAUUCGAAUCGGGUUCGCACCGCGAGCUCAGUUUGUAUUACCUUCUCAGGACAUGUUAGAGGUGAGGAUAAGUGUUACCAAACUCCAUACCGGUGAAAGCGUAGAACAUCAAUUUAAUCAAUGUGACUAUGGAUCACAGCCGUACCUAUUCUCCUCUGAGGUAGUCAGCGUUCGAUGUGUGCACCAUUUAUCUCCGUUUUGGAUGCUCAAACCGAGUGUCUAUCUGAAUUACGAGGCUAUCGAUAGGCACAAAAGCAUGAAUUACACCAUGUCUUCCAAACUUGAGGCAGACUUCAGCUUCAAUGUCAAUCAGACAGCCCUUCGUGUGACCGGCUACACCGUCACUGCUCCGGAGGUGAAUUCACAUCUGAGUGAGUUAUAUUUUACAUGUGUAUUCUCAUUCGAUGAGGCAAGACACAUUUUGCACGAUCUACAUGGACCCAGGGAAGGAAUUAACUUGACAAGUACAAGAAAAGUUGGGUACAGACUUCUAUUACAACCCGUCAUUUUCGACGAUCUUACCCACACGAAUGAACCGAAAGUGAUCACCAGCUUUGUCCACACACGUGGAAGUCGAGCAAUGAGUGCGGCUCAAUUCCAUAAAAUUGGACCCCCGAAAAGGAUGCUCGAGCUGCGUUUGAUUAUUCAUACAACUGUUUUCCUUGGGAUGCCCACCGGUAAGGUGGUAUUGUGGACGUUCUUCCAACACAACGGACUUCAAUCGGAGGACUGCUACCAGUCGUCUCUGGUUGCCUUGACGGCUGCCAGAUUGCCUGCGGAGAUGAAACAACGGCAGGAAUAUACGAUCUCCAAUGGGAAGGGGUUUAUCAACGCCAGCUUCAUCUGUGUCCUGCGACCGGAGCAUGUUGCCUUGGUUCUCAUGGCAUUCACCGGUCCGUCCGAAAGACAAGCGGAAGUGGAGAGCAACCUAUUGACCUCAACCACCGAAACAAUUCAAAGUUGGUUUCACAAUCCUGUUGACACAGUGGAGAGGUCAUUUAGUAGCAGUAUACGCAAUGUACACAGAGAUUAUCGCAUCCAGCGUCUUCACGUUGGAUGGUAUGGAACGGUUAAGCGUGGUUCCAUAUGGACUAUGCUAAUGCGUUUUCUAGGACCUGGUGAACAGGUGAGCAGAAAUUGUUACUACCGCGCCAGGGCGCUUGACAGCUGGAUUUUGAUAAAUCAGACCACUACCCAACAGCAAUACAUUUUCAGGUCGCAACCUGCCAAGUUGGACCACGCUGGCUAUUACACGUGUAACCACUCUUCGUGCGAGCAAGGGUGUCCCGGAUUAAUAAUGGCAGCACCUAAACGACUGCUGGUGCUCCCGGAGGACGAAGACAUGGAGGUCUUGCUCAGUCUGCAGAAUGAUCUCGAUCUACAGCGCAAGUCUUUCUACAACCGCGACGAUAUUCGUGUGAUGCAUGGUCAAAAUCUCUUUGUAUGGUGUUACUACCGACCAAUUCCUGGCUUAGCAGAAAGUGUGACUAUCAAGUUCAGAGCUAGUAUAAAUUCAACAGUGGGUGACCCAAUGACUGAAUUGCGCACUACUUUGGUCGAAAAUGUAACGAAGCAGGACUAUGUGCUUGUGGGAUACAAGGUCACAGGACCCGAACUAGACAGCAUCUACGAGCCAGUUAGCCUCGUAUGUUCAGCCGAUGUGGACAACAGCGCCUUUGAAGAAAUAGACUUAACAGAACCCAAAGUCUUCCCAACAGUGAAGCGAGUAAAGACGGUCCAAUUUGAGACCAGAUUGACACCAUCUAUUUACAUCAAUGAGAUGGAAAGUGACGUCCUACCCAUCCAACGUGCUUUUGCGCGAGCAAGGAAGAACAACGCGUCUGCCUAUCAUUUUCAUCGGGCCAAUGCAACAAUCAACGAGUCGGUGGUGAAGGUUACUUUGGUCGCUUCUCUGGGUAUUCCUAGGGGAGAGGUAAUCGGUCUUGUCUACUUGUCGAGUGAGAACGAGAUCGAUAAACCGUGUGUGGAAGUACUCAGGGAGAAGUUGACCCAUCAGUCUGUGCCACUCAGCAUUCGCACACGUCACUCGAACCUGUACAUUCGUGAUGCUAAUUUAGUGAAAAGUGAUUUCUUGUGUGUUCUCAACCAAGAGUCUGUGGCCGUUGCUUUUAUUGCUCAUAACACUUUUGAUGGUCAGUCUCACAUAAAAGUGGAUAUGCUAAGCUCACAUUUGAGUAAAAGUGUGCUUGGGUGGAAAAGUAAUCCUGCUAACUUCGAAACGAGUACCUUUGUGUCGCCCCCAAACACCGGUUUGGUCUACUACAUGAUCCACCUUCAUGUACUUUGGAAAUCAGUAGUUUCGACAGGAGAACAUGUGCAAUUGCUGGGUUACGUGACAACGACGUCGAUCAAACAGAUCAAAUGCACAUUUGAGUCUGUCUAUGGUGAUCUCAGUAAUCCGAUUGAUAAUGGCUUUCGUAUUGCAUCUGCCACUACUAAAGUUGGAUUUUAUCUGUCAAAGGAGAAUGUGCAGUUUGCCGACUUGGGCACUUAUGUGUGUCGAGUGGGUUCAGAACAGCCGACAUACGGCUUUGUAAAGCGACUGCUGAUCGUUUUACCAAAUAAAACACAGAUAAAACUUUUUCUAACUCAUCGUCCCAUUUCGAUGAAGGAUGAAUGGCGUGGGAAUUACCACACGUGCGACUCCAGUGGAAAUGCACUGCUGGACAACGGGGAUAAAGCGUAUGCUCACUGCUCAUAUCCUAGACCCACAAAAGGAGCGCUUGCUUGGUCAGUUGCAACGAAUAUCUCUUUCCACCCCAAAAGCGGAUGGCAUGAACCGAAUAAUGUGUCCAUGUUUUUCCAACUGAAACAGAUCUCUAACAUAAGUGUAAGGCAGCUCAUGACACAUGAAUUAACGGCUCCCUUGUUAAAAGAAUUUUCAGGUACCAUCACAGUCUGGUGCAAUAUGCAUCUCGCCCUCAACGAUUCAACUGUGGUUAUCCCGCCGAUAACUAUAAACAAGUUAGUGAUGCUUCGACCGACUGCUCGACCAAACAUCUUCCACACACUGGUUGAAUCAGAAAAUUCAGUGCUGCAAUCUCGGUUGCGUGCUUUGAGCGGACAGACUAGCCGAGCCAUCGAUUUCCACAAUUACGCACAUCCGCAGGUUGUGAAUGAGAGUGUCAUCCAAUGGACUAUCCCAGUGGCACUAGGCAUUCCUAGAGGGUAUUUCGGUGCCUGGGUACUUUUUCGACACAAGGGGUCUGUGGUGCCGGAGAGGUGCCGAACCACGAGCGUCGUCAACCUAACGGAGGACACACUAACUUCGGAAAUGAAAGGCGACGAGGCGUACGUGCCCGCAUUGGGUCUCCACUUCGCACGCAUCACCUUUCGGUGUCUCUUGCGGUGGGAGCAUGUAGCGAUGACAGUGACAACGUACAACCUGCAUCCACCAAGCCUGACACAGGCGGAGGUGGAACAACAACUGAUAAGAUCCUUCGUCCACGUGACACGUGAGUGGUUUGACGACCCGACAAGCACUACGCAGCAUAUGGUGCAAGUGCCGCAUGAAUCGUACGCUGCCAUGCGGACAACCAAAGUCGACGUUCAGUGGGCUGCGUCAGUUCGUGUGGGAAGUCGAAUAGUACUACCUGGUUACCUGGAAGGAGGAGACAAUGUAACUAAUGCGAACAAAAUGAUCCUAUGUUACAAACAUGGAUAUGCUCACGAUGAAAACAAAGUUGUGUCGAUCGAUCGGUCCAUGCAGAUAGUCCACCUGAAAGGAUCCAAUGCAUUCCACUUGGUCAAACAAAAUGUGGAGUACACGGAUUCCGGAGAGUAUUCUUGCAACAUCACUCAACGGGACUGUCCUGACUGUGUACCCACAAUCGGGUUUAUACCCCGCAGACUCUCUGUGCUCCCUGACGCUACCAUCAUGCAACUUGCCAUUAAUCCGAAGGUGCUCGGUGAUGAUCAGGAUGUGGAAAGUCAAUAUGAGCAGUGUAACUUUGAAGGGACUCCAUGUGUGCGCAACGGGGACCAUACUAAUUUCUAUGUUGAAUACCCAACUUUGUUCAUGCAUACUACCCAACCCAAGCAUCAAUGUUCCAUGCAAUCGUCUGGGAGUGCGAAAGGAGACAAGCCUACCGUCAGACGGCUGAAUGAAGCGGAACUAUGGAUGUCUUACGGGGAAAGAAACAGGCACAUUUACCGGUUAGAUGUGCCACUGUCCGUCAUGGCUGGUACUCAGAUACACAUAAACUGCUCUCUGGAAUAUGCCCGCCUACCAAUCAUCCCUCAAGAUAGCAACCCACCACAGUUGCCGUAUGUGUUCUCCACCAUCUAUUCUAUCCACAUUUUUGUCCGGUUUAAACCAGAUCUCUUUACAUCGCUUAGUCGAUCAACCUUACCCGGUAUUGGACGGGCACUUAGAAAACAGACAGCCAACUCAGUUUUCACUUCCGAAGCAUUCAAUGAUACGGCUGGUUCUCAGCGUUUGUUAGAAGGGCUCUGGCAGUUGAAUCAUUCCACCAGUCUUGGGACGCCAAGAGGUUUGACCGCAGUCUAUGUCGUCCGCAUGACAAAAACACUGCUACACGCCGAUGUGUGUGAAUCAAACUCGGUUGUCUACCUCGAUGAGUAUAAUGUCCCACCAGAGAUGAAGAACACUCAGUUGUACAUGGAGUCUUUAGGGCAAAAUUACGUCAGCUGCUCUUCUGUCUGUGUCGUGAAACCAGAGCAUUUUACCCUCUUGAUAUUAACCGUGAACAGCUUUGAUUACCGUCAAUCAGCCACAUAUGUGAGUCAGCUGCUCUUGAAGGCACUAACAGAACGUAUCCAAUCAUGGGUACAGAAGACAAGGACUCCAAUAAACCAACCCAUUCGACUACCAACGGGACUGAAUGCAUUGUAUCAAAUUGUCCGCAUUAGCGUCGGAUGGCCGGCGGUGAUACCACAAGGAGCACCGUUUAUAUAUUCCGGAUCCACUACCAGCAAUACGAUGCAAGAUGUGCCUGUGUGUUAUUAUCGCAGUCAGGUGAAUGCGAAACCCAUUAAAAUCGAUUUCUCGCUCGGACAGUUUCGUGUUCUCAUGAAUUCAAGGUUCAAAGCGUUUGAGCUCAUCAAACCAGUCACCACGGUCCGCGACGCUGGAAUAUACGCAUGUCCUACACGACGCUGCUCCACAUGCAACCCAGACCGCCACUUGAUAGUCUUACCCACAGAUUCUAAGAUCGGGGUGCAGAUUAGUAACCAACUCACUCCGGAGGACCAACCACCCAGUGACAGUUACCCGUAUGUGCGUGCUGACGGGCGACCGUUUGUGUACGAAAGCAGAAGCUUGUUUGCACAUUGCGUCGUCACCACGGCAUUGGGGGCAAGCCUGCCAGUUGAGAUCACAUUUUAUUGUUUAAGCAGCUCAGCCGAGGAGCAGUCAGCUAUUAACGCAACCAUGGUUGCGUUGCCACCGCGCAAUUUGAACACAUCUGUUGGUCAUUUGCGAAGCAUAUCAUACCAAGUUGUCGCGCCACCGAUAGAUGCGACGAAUAUGUCGCUUCGCUUGGGUUGUCGGUUCCUCUGUUCAUCCGUGCCACCGCAAGAUGAUAUGAGCACACGUGUGCUGUCGAAACAAUAUGAGCGCAUCAGGGUACUCGAAGUUGUGCCACUCUUGGCUGCUUCAUUCUGGAACAAUUCCAUAUACACGGAUCACGAAGACAUCACUGCUCUGCUUCAGCAUAACAUAACUUCCAAGGUAGACGGGAUCAGCUUCCACAAACACGCUAGUGGACGCCUUCUACACGAAGGCCUCUUCACCAUCAACUAUACGGUACAGUUAGGACAGCCCAGUGGUUGGACACGAACUUACAUCAUCCGAGCCCAUUCGGAACAACUGAUCACUGAACUGUGCGAGGUUUCCGACCUGAAGCCCUUCGUGAAUGAGUCCUUCGAGUUGAAUGGAGUAAAAAUCGUACCCCAAUUUUAUACUCAUGUCUGCGCCCUGCAGCCACAGCACAUUGCUCUAUUUGUUUAUGUUGUCAACUCCGUUCUCGUGGGCGUGGAUGUGGAGAGAGUUGACGCAGACUUAUGUCGCUCAGCGAUCGAGGUAGUGCGAUCACGCGAGGGACAUUCUGUCGACACUGUAGUCUCCUUUCCGUCACAUGCACACGGUGAGUACCGCUUACUCAAAUUGCAAAUCGGUUGGAAUGCAAGUGUUCUCAUUGGUAACAAAGCUCAAAUGUUUGGUGUUCUCCAUAAAAACGGUCAGGGAGAACCCUUGUGUUAUUUCGGACCAAAACAUGCGAGUAUACCAUUAAUAAAAAAAGAAAAUUUCGUCAUUCACAAAAUGAUACCAGAGAACUAUUUCUUGCUGAUAGUAGAGAAAGCACAAUUCGCUGAUUCGGGUUGCUAUAAAUGUGAGCUACGCGGAUGUGUAGGGGGUUGUCCAAAGUACUUAGGCAUCGUUGAGAGAAGAAUGCUUGUUAUUCCAGAUGAAUCGGUGUUGCAAUUGCACUUUUACAUGAGUGCACAAUUGGCGCAUUUGCGCAGCCGUUGCGGUUCAGCUUCAUCCGUAGUUAUUUCACCAAAAACUACGCAACCAAUCUACUGUACCUAUUACACUGCAGUAGGUUCAGCAAGGGACUUCAGGUUCGAGACAUCCAUUGCAUCCACCCCGAAGAGUCUGGAGAGCAAACUGCAAGAGCUUGAGUCCACUGAGCAAGUGUUCAUUCCAGACCAACUAAGUUGGACCAAUGCAACUCUACUCUUGUACACAUCAAGUCUUCCGGAGAGUGAGCACAUGGUCACCUUGCGAGUGAGUUGUCAGCUACACUUUCAAAGCAUUCGCAUAGUGCAUGAUAUGGUGGGGGAAAUUAAGGCGCAAACAUUUCACAAAGAAGCAGAGCUCAGGGUUGCACAAUCACGAAAGCCAGUCAUACUCACAGAUACAAUACACACAAGCCUUCCUUGGAUGACCAAGGCGCUACAAAGUUCUUCAGCCACUCACAUGAACAAGAAAGCUUUUCUUGCCACCGCCAAAUUCUACAGCGGCACAAACUCUUUCGAGGGUCCAAUUAAUAUUUCAUUUGACGCAGAUAUGGGGGUACCACCGGGCUGGAUCGCGCUAUGGUUCGUAUACAACCACAACGGUAUUUUACAGUUAGACAACUGCACAGCUUUAUCUAUCUCGGUCUCCAGUUCUGCGACCUUGAGAACAGAAGCCCGUUGUCUUCUACGCCUUGAACACGAAGCUCUCAUAAUCAGUGCCGUACACACAGGUGGAAGCGGGAUGAGCCGAUCAAGUGCAGAACAACUGAUCAGAGGUGCACUGCUCCGCAACCUCUCUGACUGGCUGGGAUUGAAAAGUGAGCACCUCAAUGCGACACAAAGCUCACAAUGCUUCAAUGCAAGUCAUCGGCUCACUCGUGUUCGUGCACACUGGAUCUCAAGCGUCCCUAUCGGUGGUUCGGUUGUAGUGCACGGGCGUCUCGGGAGUCGAAGCGCGGAUACCAUCGAGUGCUUUCUGAACGACAAGCCAUUGACAGUGGAACGUUUUACGUUGGAGCCGAACGAAGAGCGGGACUAUUUCCGUUUCGUCGCUACUGAAGUUGUAUACAACCAGUCGGGAAACUACACAUGUAGGGAUGUCAAUCGAAGUGUUAGUGUCAUGGAUGUUGGGUUCGCUAUACGACCAAUCCAUAUCUUACCUGACAACUCGAGUGUUAGCUGUCACUUAUCAAUGGAUAUGAACGGGCAGAUGGAACUGCCAAAAGACGAGACAAACUCAGACGCUCUGGGCUAUUUGGAAGCCAACCGAUCGGCAUUCGUGUGGUGCACAUUCGAUAAGCGGUUCGUGUCGUGGUAUAAUCCGUCGUACGAUCUACAACAUUGGAUGAUAAACGAGUUAACUGGUGGCUUAGAAGGCAUCAAGGUGCACAGUACACUAAAAAAUGAGACUGCGAAUUCAACUUCCAUCGUAGUUGUGUACGAGAUUAUUGGUCUGCUCUCAAGGUUCUACAAAGGACCACUGCGCGUCGACUGUGUCGGUACAUACAGUGUUGUAACAUCACCAGCGGACAGGCGGACUGUUGUUUGUGAAGUGGCCUACACGAUUCGAGAACCAGCCAACGGGGACAUUACCAUCGUCACAGUAUCCCGUGAUUAUGCCUCACAACCAGUGCCACUCGGUACGGAAUUCACCUGUACAGGUGGAUAUGGUCUCCCUCAUCUAACUUACACGUGGAUUCGUCUUCACGGAAGGCCUUAUCUACCAACUCCCCCACAAUGGGAUGACGCUAGUCUAUUACCCGCAGGUACUGGUGGUUGGGGUGGCCCAGAGAAGACUUUCAUGGACCAACCUGCGGUGGGUUUGAUUGUGCAAGAUGCCCGACUGAUCGUGCCCAGAGAUCCCAGUUAUCGCGGGAUGAGCUACAUUUAUACGUGUUGGGGUAACAACACGGUUGGUGGCAAGAAUUACAGCAUCAAUAAAACGGUGCAUAUAACAGUCAUGAUUUGCCCAACAAAACAUGUGCCAAUCGAUCUGUCCGUACUGGUCAGCUCACGACUCUUCGCGAUGUGCACACUGCAGGGUGGGCCAGAACACCACAUCCAAUUUUAUGGGCACUACUACCUCAGUCUGGUGCGGCAACUGAUCCUCGGUUUGCCUCAAGGGAAGGCCGGCACUCAGUUGCACCUGAUACGUGACAAUGUAUUCAAGGAUCGUGAGUUGGGGGCGGAGAAAUCGAUCUUGUUCGGUAGCGGCCUGAGUCGUGAGCAGUUGGUACGGAGAUUGUACUCUAUGACUGUGAAACCAGUGACCAAAAUAACUGGCUGUUCUGCCCCUCCAAUCUGGCUGCAAGACGUUAUCGAACAUCUCGCCGAGAUCAAACACGUCUCCACAGAUGGUCGUUUCCAUGUUGUCUUACUCGCCGUUGACAUUCAGGCGCGUAUAAACAUCACCACCGAGGCUUCACAAUUAUUGAAAUACAUGCGUACUGCGGGCCUAAAUGUGGUGUUGGCCACCACGCAUCCACAUGACAUGCGAUUUGAAGAGUUCAACACAGCCCUGACUGAUGUCAUGGAUCCUGUCAACUUUACGAGUCUUCUGCCAUCAAUUACAGGUGCCAUUAACUGUGAUGCAUGCCGACUACAGCUGAAUGAUGUUUCGCUUCAGAUUAAAAGAGACCAAUUGUUCGACAUUAUAUGUCAGCUCGCUGGCAGUCAUAUUCCACCACACGGUCCUCCUCCGAUCAUUCGAACUGACAUUCCCACUACUCGCUGGCAACAUGGCGUCACCAUAGGAGUUACCUGUGUGGCUGAUUUGAGCCAACCGUAUCCAGGACAAACGGCAACUGCUUUGACAAUGUGCAAAACCAACCGGAUACGAUUGAAUGAGUUGGAAAAGAAGGAAGUUGAAUUACAGCAACUGAUGAGCACUUGUGUUCAUGAACUAUCAACCAACGUGAGUGACAGUGUGGCCGCGCCGAGGAGCUUCUCUUUGACAACCCAAGUGAAACUGGACAAAGACGAUGAGAAUCAUGUAGUUCUCUGUUACCAGCGUCAAGGGGAGGAGUAUGAACAAUUCUAUGACCCCGUCAAUUAUGCGGUUCUCAUACCGGACACCAUAGCGCCUACGUUAGAUGUUCCCAAAGUGAGCGCUAUAUGGCCAAAAUCAGAUUCACGGGCGGCAGUACUUCACUGCAGUCAUAACGCUUUCAUUCAUGGUGCUGAGGCAGUAUUCCUCUUUACCACUGAUGAAAAUGAGUUUAGGGUACUUGGGCGCAGUCUUUUUCAGCUAGUUAGCGCUGGUGGCAACGCAAGUGCAGUGUUCAAGUGGCUGGACGUCUAUCCAGACUUGCAAAACACUAGUUUCUACUGUCUUAUACAAGUGUCAAGAGGUCCCAUAGUGAAUCAGAGAGUGCUAUUGAAGCUUCCUCAAGAAACAGAUGAAGUAAAGAAAAGCUCAGCGUUAGUUGGCCAGCCCGUCAUCUCAGAUUGCCCAAGACCACCCCAGAUACACUUUAAUCCGGAUUUAGAUCUGAGACCAGUUACACAAGACUCCCGACUGGAUGUGCUGUGUGAGGCCCCAAUAACGUCUAGGAACCUUCUUCUCAAAUUCUACUAUCUCACAACCAAGCAUAGCAUUGUUUUGUGUGCAGAUGGCCACGGUGAUCAGAGGGCGUCGUCCUCCAACAAAGAGGGUAAUAAAUCCGCGAACCAUGAAGUGCCAUGCCAUCCAGUCUCGUUUACGGACACAAAUUGCGCUGACAAGCUAACUGAUGCACCGAAUAGGCACACACAUUACGCCGCCACAUGCUGGUACAUUGCUCAGGGAAGCCUUCGUGGGACGCCUUCCACUCGCAUCCACUUCAAUGUCACCAGACUUCAUCCAGUUGACUUCAACGCAUAUGCGUUUUGCCAGAGUGUUGAUUUGUAUUCAGUUGAUGAGGAUCGGCAAGAAGAUGUUCCGACCGGAUUCAGUCCACUUAAGACCAUUAUUUUUGCAAUGCAGCCACAUAUUGAGCAGUUUUACUUUAGCCCAGAGCUGCAACAAUGGGUGUGUGAGACCAUGUCCUACCCGUUCGUCGAGACUGGAUCCGUGAUGGUACUGAAUGCUUCAUCCCACUGGCUUAGACAGCAAAUGAAAGCGUAUACAGUGGAAGUGGAUACCACACAACCAGAGCCAAUGCAUUCUCAGCUGCUUCCGAACCACUAUCGCAUACAUUUGAAACAGUACAAGUAUUUCACACGAAUGUUCUACAUGUCGAUGUCCGUAAUUCCCGGAGGGCUGACAAGGGGCACCGUGGAGCUUAGAUGCACGCUCGAGACAGCGUACAAGGACCUGAUUACCAACAUCGUCCCGGACGUGAUAAUCGAUGAGCCAGCCGUUAAGCCCCAAGGAAUCGAGGAAGCCGGUAAAAUAAUGUUCUUGGAUUGUGAAUUCGACUGGCAUGCUAAGCCGGCCCUGGUAACCUUGUUGCGACACAUUCGAACAACUAGGUUUAUUUACGACAUGAGUCUUGUCACCUUCGUGUUUAUGGAGCUUGUGGAUGACAAAUGGAUCGAGUUAGAUAGUGCGCAUUACAAAAGGGGCCAUUAUUUUGGAUCAUGGCGUAUGGUAGCGUCAAAGUUGUCUGUCCAUCCGCUCAUCACUUUGGACCCAGCAUUUUCGUUUUCGGCCUCAAUUUCUCCAAGUUCGGAAUUCGAUACGGCCGAAUAUUUCUGCAGCAGUCACACACCCACCGGUGUCACACUCGUUACAGACAUUCAAGAGCACCGAAUCUUGGGGACACAAAAGCAUCUGUCUGCAGGCUAUAAAAUCCUCGGUCAGAGCUCCAUUUGGACAAAGCGAUCGCAAACUAUUGCUUUUGGUCAGUCAAUGCACGUUCGAUGUGUUGCUUGGACCACCGAUCCAAGGAACAGAAAGCCAACGAAGCUGAGUUUGUUCCCCUUAGAAGGUAGAGUAAACAAAACGAGUAUUACUCGAACCAAAUACAAAGCUACCAAUGUGGUUUUGCGAUCAAUCGAUGCCAUUUACCACGUCGAAAACGUGGGACCCCUGGAUGCAACGUAUUGUUACACAGACGAUGGUGAACACAAGGAGCGAGUUAUUAUGGACUCCAUGCAUUCCACCUGUGUAGUGCCGGAUAUUGCUUGGUCGCCUGCACAAAAGUUGAGCUACACCAGAAAGGAUGCCAUCACAUGUGAAGUCCGUGGGGGAUGCGAUGACGUUCGGCCGAGGUGGGAUUGGGUUGCUGGGCCAAUACCACAAAUCACACUGGAAACAGUCGAUUUGAGUGUAGUUGCGUCAAGCCCGAAUGCAACGCUUCGAUUGGUUUCAUUGAGCAGAACUGGAACAUAUAUCUUUCGAUGUUCGGUGUCAUGUAUGUGCAACAACAGGCCGGUGGGAAGUUCAAUACUUGCUACUCUGUAUGUUGAGAUGGAAGACAACCUGGAUGGUUCAACAGAGUUAGAGGGACAGGCGAAGGAUGCAUGGGAGCAUGAGCGUCCAAUGGGGAUUGCCGAUGAUGGCCAUGGUAAGGACGCGGAUGUCAGGUUCGGACAAAUAUCCCUGAAGUCACCAACCGUCGGAGAGGAAGUACAUAAGGAGGCGAUCCCUGAUGAUUUGUCAAGAGAUGAGGGAACGCCAACUAAAUUAGGUCAACUGGACACGUCUGGAAGUUUAGACCCAUUAGAUCAGUGGGAUCCAUUCUGGUUUGUGGAGGAAACGCAAGGCGAAAUGGACGAACCACCACAUCAAGGCAGCGGGAUUGUAUCUGAUGGUUUGCGAAGAUUAAAGUCGAAGGACGGAGAGCGAAUAUCCGUAGAUCAGCUGGACACCAUGCGUCGACGGGCAUUACUUGAAGCACCACAAUUGCCUCAUAUUUAUCUGGAAGAAUUCGGACAAACUGGAUUACUACCAAAAGGGUCAUUAGCUGGAUUUCGGACUCACGGUACAGGGUCUGGUGGUCUCCGUGGAAGGACUGAUUUGCGGACUCCACAUAUUCCGUCAUCUGUCCCCGGGACACACUUAACAGGGGCUGGACUAAAAAGACGCUCAGAACUCCGAAAAAUAAGCGAGCAAGAAGAUGCCAUCUCAGCCCUUUCUAGUCCAACAGAUGUAAUUAUAAGAGAUCGAGGACCCCUUGCGGAUAGGGCAUUAGAUUAUGCAUAUCGGUUGACUGCCAUCGAAGACGCUGCGGCUACCCGCUCCCAGUUAGUAGACAAAUCAACUGGCUCAAUAACGCCAACCUCGUCCCAAGUAAGUAGGAAGGAAAGCAUCCUGCGACACUGGAUGAGAAGUGAUCAUCAAAGUCAAACAGACUCGCCGACUUCCUUAUUUCAGACACUAGACAGCAUCACCGCCGAUUACCACUCAUUGGGAGGUAAGAUACAUCAGGGAAAGGAACAUUCACGCGACAUCCCAUUUGUCGAUAGAGACCUGGAAGAUGCUGUCCAAGGGCCCGAGACAUUCACAGCGUUGGACAUUUCAGCAGGCUAUCGCGAAGCUGUCCCUUCGGAGUCAGAUAAACAGCACAGAAACCGGGAGAUACAGGUUUCUUUCUCUCCGCUGUACUCAUCAUUCCAAGAUAUUCGAAAAACUCGCCAAAUAGCUCUCCGAUAUGUAGAAAGUCUUACGGAUAGUGAUCGAAGGAUUCGUCCGCUAUUAUUACCCACAGAAUAUGAGAAAAUGCUCCUCAAAACUCAGGAUUCUAAACGGAGAGUACGGCUAGUUUCGCAACCGGUGAUGCCUAACGCCUUGGGUGAUAAACUGAGACGGCUCACAGAUUAUAGUCUUGGAAGUGCUGUGGUGUCACCAGGUCUGAUCGCUAAACCAUACGCUGAACAAAUUGAAGUACAGUCGAACAAAGUGUACCGUCGUGAUGAUGCGACCAAGUUCCCCCAUUUCAGGAAAAUACCACAGACGGACAGGUACGGUGCAGAAGCUGCGUACCAAGUGCAUAAACUGCGGGCUCAAGAGGCCGUCCAAGAUGAUGAAUUAGUCGAAUCCCCGUGGGCCCAGUCGAAUUGGAAAUUCGACGCCGUGGGUCAUAUGUACCGUUGGCGUGAUACCACUGUGAUAACACAGGCUGACCUAAGGUCACCCGACAGUGGCACAGUGCAGCUAGAUUCACAAAGACGGGACUACGCCAAGAGGUCUGGGGGGAGGGUUUUGGGGCAACAAGGUGUGCUCCGGCAAUGGUCGCAACCCUCACCAGACCAAGUACUGAUCAGUAUGGAGCAUCAUUUGUAUAACACACAACUGUUAGCAUCGGGCACCGGCAGUUCUGAUGGUUGGGUGAAGCAGUAUUCAGGAUUGGAAGAGAACGUACGAAGAAGGUUGUUGGAUACAGGGAAACGGAUGGGAAAAUCCCCCGCUGACCAGGUCAUCUUAGAGCCAUCUAUUGUAAUAUCACCAUCUAGUUUCACGGCACGCUGCCCUAACCUUAGAUUCACGAUGCGCUCGAACUACUAUCCAACUGAUAUAAUGUGGAUCCGUCAACUUAGCAUGACCAAUACAAACCCAACCAUGGAUGAGCCUAUCAUACAAUUUUCACUUACCAGGUGGAAUCAACGAAUACUCUCAACAAGAGAGCAUGUGGCGGAGCGUUUAUUUAUCUAUCCACCCCAUAAAUGGGCAGAGUCCCAUACGCUGGACAUGGUGGAUGUUGUUCCUGAAGAUUUUGGUUUUUACACCUGUAUUACCACAAUGGAGCUCGGAUCGCUACAGGUGAAUGUCACCAAGGCGUCUUUGCAACCAUUGUGUAUCAUCCCUGGAAAAAAUGAUAUCAACAUCGCCGUUGAAAGAUCACCACAAAUGUCUGGAAAUGAAAGUACUUCCUGCUACGAAGUCGGAGAGGAGGUUCUCGUUCAUUGUCAAGCGGUGCAGUAUCAGAUAUUUUGCGAACAAGCAGAUAGUUUGGCUUACGGUCUCCGAAGCAUAAAUACCACUGUAGAAGCUUACGUAUAUCCGCGGGUGCAAGAUGGUGUCUACAAAGCAACGCAACUGACUGAAAACAUCCAAGCACCAGAAGCACCAUUGUCUUUUUCCUUGAACAAAUCGCGGGCAUGGAGAUUGCGCAUCCAAAUAGAGCAUCAUGAUUCCUAUAUGCGUUGCGUAAUGCGACCCAGCUUGACGCGAUCAGGCUAUACGAAGCCAGCCUACUGGGAUUGGUUGGAAGCCGAAUUCGUAGAUCGGUACCAGAAACGUCUGGAAAGCUAUUCGAAAUGGCUACGCGUGUGUGUGAAACAACAGAUGCCGUCGAUCCAAAUGCAUCCACGUGGCACGGGGAAGCAACCCAUUGCACUCCACCCUGGGCAACUUUUGACGUGCGAUCUGAACGCGGUACCUAACCAACUACCAUUCUUCGAUGUAUAUCCUAUUGACAGCAGAAAGCUUGAAGUGGCUUGGAAGUACGGUGUGUUGAACAGUAGCAUCUGGAUGGACGUUACUCGAAGCUCUGUUAUAUGGCGCAAUCACUUUGGUCUGGGUCGUGUCCGUGUGGUUACACCAGCAGGAGCUGAAGGAUUCUAUCUAGCAGAAUGCGGAGCUGCUGGUUCCAAUUCGACAGAGAGAAUGAUCCUUCAGCUCGAAAAACCGUCCCUAAUUGCCAAAAUGGACCUUGCUAUCUCCGGUCUAUGUGUGCUCGUAGCUGCACUACUUCUGUUCAAAGGUUUCACAUUGAUCAGAGGUAUCCGAUGCAACUGAUGAUGUAAAUGCGAAAUGUCAAGUAAACAUUAGUGGGCCCUGCGAGAA